AUGAAGUUUCGACCCAGCCUUAGGUUCUCCCAUGCAGACACUGCAGGCGUGUCGCGCUUCUCUUACACCCGGCUACGCAUUCUCUUGUUCGGCGUGAAUUUCAUCAAGUGGUCCAGCGCCUGCAUCGUCAUGGCCAUUGUCUCAUACUUCAUCCACGACUACUCGAGGAAUGAGCAUACGACGUACCAAGAAGUCAUUGCCUGCACCAGUAUUGGAUUCUUCCUGCCCACCAUGCCCUUGGCUUUCGAUAGGCGUAUCACCGUACAACUGAUUCCGCUGGACUACAUCUACUCGCAUCUCUGGGUUACGGCGUUCAUCUUCGCGGCCGAAGACUACAACUGGCAGGAUUGUGCGAUUCACUCGCCAUCAGGCCUGCGCAAAUGUACACUGAAGUACGCAAUGGAAUCUUGGUGUAUCAUUGCUGUGUACGUGUGCUAUACUUCCGUUUGA